AACUUUUCUCUUCCAUUUUCAUUCUCAUCUCUCAAAACUCCUUUAUUCUUUCUCAUCUUCACUUCACUUCAUUCUCUUCAAUGGAAGAAGCACUUCACCGUCUCAACGGAACUUCCCCAACAGUCCCAUUCCCAGACCUACUCGAAACAAAAAAACCAAAACCCAAAAGAACAUCACGCGACAACACAACAACAACAACAACCACCGGCAACGGCGGCGCACUUCGUUACCGUGGUGUACGCCGCAGACCAUGGGGUCGUUAUGCAGCUGAAAUAAGAGACCCAGCUUCUAAAGAACGCCGCUGGCUUGGUACUUUCGACACAGCUGAAGAAGCCGCUUGUGCUUAUGACUGCGCCGCACGUGCCAUGCGUGGUAUCAAAGCUCGCACGAAUUUCGUUUACCCAACUCCUCCAACACCACAUUCCACCACCACUUUCCCUUCUUUCAACUUCCCUAAACAUUCUCAAACUAACCGCCACGUGUCAACUUGUAGUUGGUCCGAACAACAACAACAACAACAUGCUACUCCUGUUGACAUGCUUCUGUUUCGUGAUUUCAUCAACUCUUCAAAUAAUCACUUCCAUGACAAUUCUCCUUAUUCUUGCAACAACAACAAAGGUUGUUCUAAUUCUAGUAGUUCUGCUUUUUUACCAGGUUGUUGUUUGGUGAAUUCUUGUGGAGGGGGUGCAAAUAGCAACAUGAGCAACAAUGCUUUUGGUGGUGUAGAUGGGAAUAAUGGGAACAGAAUUUCUGCUGCUGAUGAAGAUUCAGAGUUUUUCCCAAAAGAAUCUUCUGAUUCUGGUUUAUUGGAAGAGAUUGUGAAUAAGUUUUUACCUAAACCUAAACAAGAGAUUAAAACUGAGAUUUUGCCAAAGACAGUGACUUUAUCUGACCCUUUUGUUUCAACUGCACCUGUGAAUGAUCACAUGCUUGAUAUCAAAAAGGGUUUUUCAAAGAAUGAAUUUUUAGGUGUUGGGUUUGAUCAAAAUGGUUUUAAUAUGCAGCAGUAUGAGAAUUUCAAUAAUGGGUUUAGUACUUUUCAGUCUCUGCCAGUUGGGAAUGAACAAAUCACGGUGAAUCAUGCUGAGAAUUCUGUUAUUCAGUAUCAAGAGUAUCUUCAUGGUUUUGCACUCAGGAUGCAAAAUGCUUAGUUAAUUGAAUUUUACUAGUAUAGCUUAUGUAUUUUAAUUUUGUUGAUUCUGUUUAUGUUGAUGUUUUUAGGGUUUUGAUGUUUCUAGGUUAAACUAUGUUAGUACUACUACUACCACUAUGUACUUUAUCCUUCUUCCAGCUACUAUGUUCUGAAAAGCAAUAUUGGAUAAUCUUAUAAAAAAGUGAUAAUGUAAUAUUAA